UCACGCUCAACACAACAUUUUCAUGAUACAUUGAUUGGUACCUAAAUUCAUCUUUCUCCUCAAAUAGCUGGCGUUCUUGUGUUCUUGGUCUUGUCUCUUCUCUGAAGAAGAAGGUAACACUAAAACCAUGUCUGCCUCUGCUACAAGGAGAUCUUUGAGACUAAUGAACAAGACUAAAACCAUGUCUGCCUCUGCUACAAGGAGAUCUUUGAGACUAAUGAACAAGACUCACACAUCAAAGAAACAGAACAGGAACCCUGCUGAUGCUGAUCAUCAGUUUAUUGAUCUUUCCCUCUCUGAUUCACCCUCCAGCCAGAAUAUUGAGUCAGAGUCUUGGAAGUGCCCUCCUUCCGUGAGAAAGCAUUUGAUUCCAGAUUCCGUGAUGAUUUCGGCUCGCCGCACCUCCUUGAGAUCCUCAAAGAAACCAAUUGAAACUGAAAAAGCUGCAAUUUCAGCAUGUUCAAAGCCUCAGGCUUCAAGGGAGCUUUUCUCUUCCACUAAUGUCUUCCAACAACAGCUUAAUCAUCCUUCCACCUUGGCACCAGAAAAGAGACAUGAAGAGCUUGAACAUGUUGGAUUUCCUGUUGCUCCAGUGAACUUGACUGCUAAUGUACCAGAAAUGGAACAAGUGCCUGAGGUUGAAAUGUCAAUUUCAAAUCCCUCCACCUUGGCACCAGAAAAGAGACAUGAAGAGCUUGAAAAUGUUGGAAAUUCUGUUGCUCCAGUGAACUUGACUGCUAAUGUACCAGACAUGGAACAAGUGCCUGAGGUUGAAAUGUCAAUUCCAAAUCCCUCAAAUCAAAUGGAAGGGAAGAAUACAUUUCAAGCAUCAAAUAACUUUGGGGGCAUAGCAAAGAAGAACCUUAGCAAGUCUUUCUCAGUUGGAUCUCCAUCCGGUUCUUGCAGCCUCAACAUAACUGAAAUGGUCAAUAUGUGGGACGAUGAUGAAGAUGAUGAAGUUGAUUGUGAUGAACAUAGCGACACCACCGUUGGUGGAUACAAAGUGAAACCAGAAUCCAGGCCUAUAUUAAGGAAAAUUCUAAGCAAGCAUGGAGAUAUUGCUAGGAACUGCACAGUGUUGACAAUGACACACCGUUCCUUGUUGUUGGAGUUGAUAUGUGACAUCAUCUCAGAACUUCAAGGGAUGAAUUUGGGUAGAAUCAAAGAAUAUGACCUUAAUAACAUGAUUGCUCUAGUAAAUGAUAUAAAAAAUGUUGAAGUGGACAUUGAGUGGCUUCACCUGAGACUAGUUGAGAUACUAGAGGCAAUACAACUUGUUCAUCAGUCUGGCACGCUGAAAGAGAAAAAAGAGAUCAACAGAAAAUUCAUUGAAAUUGUGGAGAGCAAGCUGGAAGAAUGUGAAAACCAAAAGAAGGAGGUCAGAGCACAGUUAAGAUCACUAUAUGACAAAGAGACUGAAACCAAGGAGAGACUGGCUAGAGCAAUGGAUGAGUCAACUAGGAUCAUGGCGUCAAUCAAAGAUGCCAAAACUAAAGUCAAACGCUUUCUCCAUCGUUCAAUGGUUGAUGGUUUGAUUUAGUUUUAUCAUUUCAUCUCCUUUUCUCUGCUUUAUUUUAUCCAUUGUGGUGAUUUUAGGAUUGUUUAAUGUGUUGUCCAUUAUGACUACUAUGUUUUUCAAUUUUAAAAUUUAUGCUUAGACUAUAUAGUUCCAAUCUCAUUGGUGAAUGUUUGAUGGUGGCAUGUGAUUUGGUUGUAAGAAUCAGGAUUAUAUCUCAGUAUGUAUGGGUGCUUUGAGUCAGCCUGUGAUUAUAGAAAUUCUAAGGUGAUAUGA